AUGUCGGUAAUGCUCACAAAAUUCGAGUCUAAAAGCAACCGCGUGAAGGGACUUGCAUUCCAUCCAACACAACCUCUUCUCGCGGCGGCACUUCACAAUGGCAGUGUACAGCUUUGGAAUUACCGUAUGGGUGUGCUGGUGGAUAGAUUUGAGGAGCACGAAGGACCGGUCAGAGGCGUCGCGAUCCAUCCUACUCGAGCGCUCUUGGUGACUGGCGGAGACGAUUAUAAAAUCAAAGUUUGGGAUAUCCGUCCACAGAACCGUCGCUGUCUUUUCACGCUUCAUGGCCACCUCGACUACGUGCGAACAGUGCAAUUCCAUCACGAGAUGCCGUGGAUCCUAUCAGCCUCGGACGACCAGACGAUCAGAAUCUGGAAUAGCACUUCUCGCCAAUGCAUUGCUGUCCUCACUGGCCACUCUCACUACGUCAUGUCCGCCCAAUUCCACCCUAAAGAGGAUCUCAUCGUUUCUGCGUCGAUGGACCAGACCGUCCGUGUAUGGGAUAUUUCGAAUCUCCGGAAAGGUUCCCCCAACUCUGGAGGACCCGGCAGCAGCAAUAACAAUGCUGGAGGAAACUUCGAGACAUUCGACACGUUCUCCACCGUGAAGCACGUUCUCGAGGGCCACGAUCGCGGUGUUAACUACGCCAUGUUCCACCCAACUCUUCCUCUCAUCAUCUCAGCGGCGGACGAUCGUACCAUCAAGAUCUGGCGUAUGAGCGAGACCAAGGCAUGGGAAGUUGAUGCUUGCCGUGGACACUUCAACAACGUCUCGAGCGCCCUCUUUCACCCCAAGCACGAAUUGAUCGUUUCUUGCGGCGAAGAUAAAACCGUCAGAGUCUGGGACCUUGCCAAACGGACAGCCAUCCAAACCUUCCGCCGAGAGCAAGAUCGAUUCUGGGUGUUGGCGGCCCAUCCCAACCUCAAUCUUUUCGCGGCCGGACACGACAGCGGGUUGAUCGUUUUCAAGCUUGAACGCGAGCGACCGGCGUUCUCAACCUUCCAGGACACGCUUUACUACGUUCGGGACAAAUACGUCCGUUCGUACGACUUCAACACUGGUGCCGAUAUUGGACUGCUGAGCGUACGCAAAUUUGGCAGUCCUUAUGUUCCACCUCGCACUCUCAGCUUCAACCCUGCUGAGAGAACUGUCAUCCUCACGAUCAGCUCAGAUAACGGGCUUUAUGAGUUAACCAACCUGCCCCAACAAGCUCAAGGUGAAGUGAAGGACUCUAGUGUUGAUGGGAAGAAGGGAACUGGCCAGAGCGCGAUUUUCGUUGCCAGGAACAGAUUUGCGGUUCUUAACAAGGCAACGCAGCUCAUCGAAGUCCGCGAUUUGGCCAACUCUAUCGUCAAGACCAUUAAGGCCCCCGUUCAAACGAAUGAGAUUUUCUACGGCGGGACUGCGUGCCUCAUUCUCAGCUCGACUACCAGCGUAGUGUUGUACGACAUCCAACAACAGAAGACGAUUGCCGAAAUCAACAGCCCACCCGUGAAAUACGUGGUUUGGAGCAACGACUCUUCGCUGGUCGCUCUUAUGAGCAAACACACGAUCACGAUUGCGAACAAGAACUUCUCCCAGCACAGCCUUAUUCAUGAGACGAUUAGGAUCAAGUCAGGGGCAUGGGACGACGCAGGUGUCUUCAUCUAUUCAACGUUGAACCAUAUCAAAUAUUGCUUGGCCCAAGGUGACCAUGGCGUUGUAUGCACUCUGGACAAUCCCGUCUACUUGACCCACGUCAAGGGCAAGACAGUUUACUGUCUCGAUCGUUCGGCUCGUCCUCGCACGAUCACCUUCGAUCCAACAGAGUACCGUUUCAAGCUCGCCUUGCUGAAGAACAACUACGAGGAGAUGCUGUACAUUAUCAAGACAUCGACGCUUCUUGGACAGAGCAUAAUCGCGUACCUUCAACAGAAGGGCUUUCCUGAGAUCGCUCUUCACUUCGUGCAAGACACCAACACAAGAUUCGAGCUGGCCAUUGAAUGCGGAAAUCUCGACGUGGCGAUGGAAACAGCGAAGACGAUCAACCGACCUGAAUGCUGGGAGCGGCUUGCCCAGCAGGCAUUGAAGCAGGGUAACCACAAAGUGGUAGAGAAAGCUUAUCAACAGACGAAGAACUUUGACAAGCUUUCGUUCCUAUAUCUCGCCACCGGCAGCACCGACAAACUUUCGAAGAUGCAGAAGAUCGCAGAUGCCCGUGGCGAUCCUAUGUCGCGCUUCCACAAUGCUCUAUAUGCGGGUGAUGUUCAAGGGAGAAUAGCUGUGUUGAGAGAUGUUGGGCUUCAUCCUUUGGCUUAUCUGACUGCCAAAACCAAUGGGCUCGAUGACCUUGCUGCCGAGAUACUGGAAGCCGCAGGCCUGACAGAAGCGGACGUUGACGAUGUGCCCACCUUUGCUGCAUCGACUCUUAAGCCACCACCUGUCGUCACAACCACCACCGAUCUCGUCUGGCCAUCAUUGUCAACUGCAGAGAGCUUCUUCGACCGCGCUCUCGUCAACGGACAGCUAGAAGGUGGUGCUGAGCCGUCGUACACCAACGGCGACGCAGCAGGAAGUUCAGCAUUGGAUGCCUGGGCUAAAGAAGAGGAAGAGGAAGAGGAGAUCGACCCUGAAGAUGGUGGCUGGGAACUCGAUGCUGACGGUGGAGAGUUUGCACCGGCUGUUGAAGGCGAGGAUGCCGCCGUUGAUGCUGAGGAGGAGCUGGGUGCGGGUGCAACACCCGGACCGAGCGAGCCUGAUCUUUGGGUCAGAAAUUCACCACUGGCAGCCGACCAUAUCGCUGCUGGGUCUUUCGAAACUGCUAUGCAGCUCCUUAAUCGUCAAUUCGGUGUCAUCAACUUCCCUGCACUCAAACCUCUCUUCCUGUCACAAUAUCGCUCGUCACAUACGUACCUGUCGCCUUACGCCUCAUUACCACCGUUGAAGCUGCACGUUCGCCGCAACACGAGCGAGUCUUCUCCCAGCCGUGUCUUGCCUGUCGCUGUACGCUCGCUACAAUCGAUCCGAGCAGAACUUGCAGAAGGAUAUCGCUUUGUCUCUGGAAACAAGUUGACGGAAGCCCAAGCGACUUUCCGAUCUGUACUAGAGAACCUCUUGCUGGUCGUUCUUUCGUCAGAUGAGGAAGCUAAGCAGUGGAGAGAAACUGUCAUGGCUGCGCGGGAAUAUCUCCUCGGUGUUUCGAUCGAACUAGAAAGGCGACGAGUGGUCGAGCAAGAACCGGACAACAUCCAGCGCAACCUCGAACUUGCUGCAUACUUUACGCAAUGUCAACUCCAACCUCCGCAUCUACAAAUCGCUCUGCGGAGCGCGAUUGGCGCUUUUGCGAAGGCCAACAACCAAGCACAUGCGGCACGGUUCGCGAAGCGUCUGCUCGAGCUCAAGCCCGACCCAAAAAUUGUUGCCCAAGCCAGACAACGUAUUGCUGCUGGCGACCGCAACCCACGCAACGCCGUCGAAAUCCAAUACGACGAGUUUACGCCCUUUGAGAUCUGUGCAGCGACGUACACCCCGAUAUACAAGGGCUCUCCCUCCGUUCACUGCCCCUACACCGAUGCGGCCUACCUUCCUGAAUUCAAGGGCACCCUCGACCCUCUAAUUCAACUGAUUGAGAUCGGGGCUUCUGUAACUGGUCUGCCUGCUUCGUGGUAG